AUGGCUGCUGUUUCCCUCCCGAGUAUACAUGAGAUGUUCCCAGCGCACCUCAUGCGCCGGGACCAUCUCAAUGUCACUUCGAACGAAGUACUCCGGCCGCGUCCAUCUACAUCGUCGCCUACACUAUCCUCACCGACGUGCUCCAUCGCCGAAUGCCAAUGUUCCUCCGCCUCAUCAUCCACGCUCUCAUCACCGACGGCGUCGUCGUCCACGAAGGUGCCCCCGCAUUCCCGAGCGGCGUAUUCGCAUCCACACACCCACUCAGCCGCCCAGCACCUUUCCCCUUCCGCAUCCUCGUAUAGGCCUUUCAGCAGAGAUGGUGGGCGCAGACCGAUUUCAUCGGCGAAUACCUCUAGGCAUAGCAUAUUCAGCGGCGCGCAGUCCCAUCUCCAAGCUCAAGUUCACCCACCACACGCUCACGCCCAAACGCCUGUUCCGGGUCCAAGUUCGGAGGGUGCGCCGCCCCGUGCGUGUCCAAGCUCAAGCUCAAGCUCAGGCGAGGCCCACCACCCUCAGGAGGGGCGCAGUCCAUACCUCUCCGCACAUCCCUAUCCCUACCCCAACUCCAGCCACGAGCGCGAACGACGCCCAUCCUACGCACCCCCACCGCCUUCACACCACCGUCAUCCACAUCUACCCGAACGACUCCAACACGCCAUGGACACGGCCAACACGGACGAAGACGACGCGUCGGAGGGCUCCAUCGGCGGCUCACCCAUGCCUUCAAAUCUAAAUUCUCCCACUCUGCGGAUGCAGAUGCGAACCCACCAAGGUGUACCACCACCCCACAUCGUCCCGGCACAUCUAGUACCAACGUACACUUCCGGCAUGUCGGUCAUCCCACUGAGCACUCCUGUUUUCGAGGAGGCUGCGUCGGGGAAGAAACAUGUUUGCCCGACGUGCUUCAAGCGGUUUAAUAGGCCGAGUAGUUUGAGGAUACAUUUUAAUACGCAUACGGGUGCUACGCCCUUCCGUUGUCCAUACCCGAACUGCGGCCGCGAGUUCAGCGUCAACUCCAACAUGCGAAGACAUUAUCGGAACCAUGCUUCAGGUUCCUCGUCCACUGCCAGUACCGCGUCUUCAAGUUCGAGCUCCACGUCAAACACAAAUCCGGAUCCAACGCACGACCCACGUCCUAUGACGAACCACCCCGCGAUCCCACCUCCACCCAGAGGUGGCCUGAGCGAUGCGUCUCCUGCUCCCCGCCCCGGUCCAAGCUUACCCUCGAUAUCGACUCAACCACGCACAGAGACGCCAGAAGACGAUAGCCGGAAACACAAGCGCCCUCGCACGGAGAAUGGGAAUAGGAAUGGUCCAAGUUGGGACGUACCCAACCCGAACCAGGCCGGUCGUGGACGAAACUUAAAUUGGCGUCAACCUGAAGGUGGGGAAGAAGAGGAUGAUGAUGACGGAGAGGAGGUGGAGGUGGACGAGUUGGCAGAAGAAUCAGAGGUUGAGGAGAUGGAUGACGACCGACCGCCGGCUCCACGAUAUAGGCAAUUGGGCGAACUUGAAAGUGAUUCUGCUGCGCUUUCUCGUCCAAGAGCGUUCGCAGCAGCGAGCUUGUCCCCGUCACCAUCGUCUUCAUUGUCGUCUUCGCUCUCUCCGGCGCUUUCGCCGUUUUUGGGCCCUUCUUGGCACUCGUCCCAUUCUCCCCAGUCGUCGGCUUCGUCCGUUUCCUCGUCAUCUCCUUCCGUUUCCCCGUCAGAGACGAAACCACUCUACAGCCCUUCCUCUCCAUAUUCUCUCAGCGUGGCGGAUGCCAGGGUGUCAACGGUGCUGAGACCUGCAUUCGGUCAGGUGGUGGUGGGGAGCAGGUGA